AAAGUGGCAGAAAGGGGGUGGCCACUGAUACAUGUUAAACCCGCUCUGUUAAGUGUAAGCAAGCCGAAGAAGUUACGUUUGAGUUUUCGUGGCCCCACCGACACAUCAAUUUGUCUGUUGAUACUUUUGUAUUGCACGAAUUUGUAAAGUAUUCACCAUGGAAGAGAAAGCAGUGGUUAAAGAACUUGACCAGUGGAUUGAGCAGCUUAACGAAUGCAAGCAGUUGGCCGAGAACCAAGUCAAAACCCUAUGUGAAAAGGCAAAAGAAAUUUUGGCCAAAGAAUCAAAUGUCCAGCCAGUCAGAUGCCCUGUCACCGUGUGUGGUGAUGUCCACGGACAGUUUCAUGACCUGAUGGAGCUCUUCCGAAUUGGAGGAAAAUCUCCAGAUACCAACUACUUAUUCAUGGGAGACUAUGUUGACAGAGGUUACUAUUCCGUUGAGACAGUCACAUUACUUGUUGCCCUCAAGGUUCGCUACCGUGAACGAAUUACCAUUUUGAGAGGAAAUCACGAGUCUCGUCAGAUCACACAAGUCUACGGAUUUUACGACGAGUGCCUAAGGAAAUACGGCAAUGCUAACGUUUGGAAGUACUUCACCGAUCUUUUUGACUAUCUUCCUCUGACAGCACUUGUCGACAGUCAGAUUUUCUGUCUUCACGGAGGACUUUCCCCUUCUAUCGACACUUUAGAUCACAUUCGAUCUCUCGAUCGUCUCCAAGAAGUUCCUCACGAGGGCCCCAUGUGCGACCUGUUAUGGUCCGAUCCAGAUGACCGAGGUGGCUGGGGGAUUUCCCCCCGUGGAGCUGGCUACACCUUCGGCCAAGACAUUUCCGAAACUUUCAAUCACUCCAACAACCUGACUCUGGUCUCUAGGGCUCAUCAACUUGUCAUGGAAGGAUAUAACUGGUGUCACGAUCGCAAUGUGGUAACGAUAUUCUCUGCGCCCAACUAUUGUUACCGGUGCGGCAACCAAGCGGCCAUUAUGGAACUGGAUGAUUCAUUGAAAUACUCCUUCUUGCAGUUCGAUCCAGCUCCAAGAAGAGGAGAACCUCACGUAACCAGGCGCACGCCGGAUUACUUCCUUUAAGAGCAAAAAAAAAAAAUAUCGCGGAACACCGAUGAAUUUUUCUCCUUUCUUCCUUCAAUUUACUAUCAUUAUUAUUAUUUUUUUUCUUCUCUUUUUCUUUCAUGCUCGGUUCAUUUCUCUUGUUCCUCGCUCGGAGUAUAGAUUUUACUAAGUCGAGGUUUAAGAGUACCCUGCACAUCCCCACUAAAACGUCCUCUUUAUGCGCCUCUUCUUGAAUGGAAAGCAAAAAGAUCAACAUCCAUACCCUCCCCCUCCACCCCUUAAAAACACACACACACUAUUCCCUUACAGUCUCUUCUUUUUUUUUAAAUUUGGAGUUCGUGAUUUGUUCUUUACAAAUAUUAAAGAAACAUGGAAUCUUCUCUUUUUGUGUCGGAAAAAAACCUCCUUAUGUCCCCUCCCUCACACCCCGCCCUCCCUAUUUUCUCGCCCGUGUCGUAAAUGCGUGAGAGAGUAACGUGCAAUUGGUAUAUUCUAGUAUCACUUCCCUUUUUCUUUUGUCCCCUUUCCUACCUGCCCGUUGAUACCCUCGAACCAUCUUUUACGAUUUAUUUAAGAAAAAAGAGUUGAAAGAGUGAGGGAGAAGUAGGUGGAAGAAAAGGAGAGAGAGAGCGCGUGUCAGAGCCAAGAGCAACUGUAUACCGACAGACGAGCCGCCCAAACAACCAACAAAAAGAUUAGACCACGAGCAUCAGAUUUCCAUUGUACUAACGCUUUUUUUUUGAUGACUUGUCUCGAAAACAUCAGAUGGGGACAUGCUGAUGUCGCUGUUCCCCUCUUUCCCCCCUUGUGUCCUGUACUAAUAACUAUCUAGAUGGUGACCUUUGAACCUUCCCUUCCUCCUCCCUCCUCGAAAAUAAGACCACGCGAUCCAGUUCACACUUAAGGGAAAAAAAUAACCAACCAACAAUGAAGUAAAUCCAACAACAAGAGAAAACAAAAAAACGAACGAGCGAGCCGAAGAAGAGUGGUUUUUAAAUGUCGUGUCCCGUCACUGUCAUUUGUAGCCAACAAAAAAAAAUGCUGGAAGUUCACCUCGAUCAAUACAAAUCGUAAUCAUUCA